GUUUUCCUUUGAUGCCAACAGACCAGAAUAUAUAGCGGAAGAAUUUAAUUAAACAUAACAUAAAUUUAAGUAAAAACAGUAUAAUGUUUUACAUUUUUAUAAUUAUAUUGCCAUUGACAUGGACAAUUACUCAAGGACAAUACGGGGCAAAUUGCAAACUGCCCAAUCAACAGAAUGGUCUGUGCGUGCCGGUGAAAUCUUGCAAAACAACUUAUGAACUUUUCAAUAAUAUUCUUCACAAAGGCGGCAGUAUCACCAUUUCGGAACGGAAACAGUUGUUAGGUCUCCAAUGUGGUAAUAUGAGAAAUAAUACCCUAGUUUGCUGCGAGGAAUCUGAAAUUCAAUUAAAUCCUGUAGGUUUGGAUUUAUUGAAAUCUCAUACUUGUGGUAUAUACAGCAUAAACCGGUUGGCACACGGUAGUGAUGCUGUAUUAUUUGGUUUUCCCUGGAUGGCUUUAUUAAAAUUUGACGAUCCUGAAAUGCCAUUUAAAUGUGGUGGUUCUUUAAUAAGUGAUCAGUAUGUUUUAACGGCGGCCCACUGUAUAAAUGAAACUUCUAAACCACUUAUAGCAGUACGUCUUGGAGAACAUAGAAUUAGCACCGAUCAGGACUGUAUGAAUCUGGGACGAAAAACUGUUUGUGCUCCUGCAGUAGAGGAUGUUGGUAUUGAGGAAAUUAUAAAGCAUAAUGAUUAUAAAAAUAAUUUAUACCAUGAUAUUGCAUUAUUACGACUCAAUCGAAAAGUUCAAAUUCAACAACACAUUAAAACCAUCUGCCUGCCAAUAUAUAAUGAUCUAAGGACGAAAGAAUAUCCAGAAUAUGUCAUAUCCGGAUGGGGAGCAACAGAAAAUGGAUCCUCUUCCGAUGUUCUUCAGGUUGCUGUUAUACCAAAGGUAGUUCGAGCUGAGUGUCAAACACAAUUAAGAGUGUAUCACUUUCGCCAGGAGAUAACGAUAGGACGUAUAUGUGCUGGCGGUGCAAAUUAUAUUGAUACAUGUAAGGGAGAUUCUGGUGGACCCAUGGGUUAUAAGGACUUUUAUAAUGGCAAGCCAUGUUUCAUACAAUAUGGUAUUGUUAGUGCUGGUAUGAGAUAUUGCGGCCGCGUAAAUGCUCCUGCAAUGUACACAAAUGUAUCGCACUAUAUUCAAUGGAUAACCGAUCAAAUGUACUAAAAUAUGGUUAUUUUUUUAAGUAAAACUUCGAUGUUUUAAAUAAAUUCAUGAUAUAUACAUACAUAUAUAAAUAAAAUCCACAGAAUUUAA